GUCUGUUAUCAUAAGGGCUCGUGCGAGGACAGAACUGUUGUUAGAAUUGUUCCUUGUAUUUAUGUCGGAAGUCUUAUUGUCAGUUUCGAAGACAAACUGAGUAAUUCGUCUGUCGAUUUAACCUCGGGAAAUUCCUGCGGUAAGUGCGUGAAAGGAAUACUUAACAUUUCAAGCAGGAUGUCAACUCGGAUGCAACUUUCUCUUCUAAAUGAAGGAGGUUUGGAUCUUCACACUGGACAGAGUUCUACAUAUUCUUCCAAACCUUCAGAAGGCCAGUGGAUGGAGGAACAAAAAGCCAGUGUCACAACACACAGUGAGGACAAGGAUGUAAAUGCAAACGUGUUACAAAAAAGUAAUUCUAAUGGAAGCAAAAGAGUUUAUGAUUGCCCCGUGUGCAAGAAACGAUUUGGUGCUCCAUCCAAACUAAAAAGGCAUUGUCUUAUUCACACGAAUCAGAGGCCCUUUCAGUGUUCCCUGUGCUCCCGUGCCUUCAGAGAACGCUAUCAUCUAAACAUUCACAUCAAAACUCAUACAAAUCCUGUGAAGAGGAGAACACCAUCACUCCAGAGCUACAGAGACAACAGUGUGUCAUGUGAUAGAGCAUCUAGGUCAAGGUUAAAACCCUAUCCAGAACAUCUACCUGCCCAGAAUGAUAUCAGUUCAACAGAUAAACAAAAGUCAACUGUGCACCAAGUUCAAUAUAUGGUGAUUACAGAUGAUAUGCCAUUUCAAAACAUGAGUGGUGACUGCAAUGAUUCAGAUUUAGAUUUCUCAAAAACUACUAGUCCUCUAGAGAAGUCAGAGGUUGUUUCCCGGUGCAGCAAUGAAUCAGUUUGGACUCUGACAGAUAAAACUGACAUCUUGCUUGAUGGGAAAGAGGCAUCUGACAUCGUGCCUUUUGGCAGGAUGAGUGACUGUCCACCCAAAACUGAGUCAUCUCUCCAUCACUGUGCUUAUGAAUCAAGGAUUGAAGAAAAAUGGGCCCAUCACAUGGAUGAUAUUAAAGAUUGUGUCUUCGUGAACUCGGACACUGUUAAAUGUGUCCCUGAUUCUGACGAGUCCAGUUCAUGUAAGUAUCAACAAAAAGCUGAUGUGACGGGACUCAGAGAAAUUGUUGUUGUGGGCCUUUUGGACUUUCAGGAUCCAGGUGAAUGCUUUACCAAACCUCCACAUGACCUUCCCAUUUGUCCUGACUGUAGUCAGUGUUUCCCUUCGAUAAGGAGCUUAUAUGCACAUAAAUGUGCAAACAGAUAUUCUAAAGGAAAAAUCAAGAAAUCCCACCAGUGUGACAUUUGCUUAAAAUUCUUCAAUGCGCCAUCCAAAUUGAAGAGACACUAUGUUACUCACACCGGUCAAAGGCCGUUCCAGUGCACACAGUGUCAGAAGUCCUUCACACAGUCCCAUUAUCUGAAAACACACACGCUGUCCCACAGGUAGAAGGAUUACUCUAGGGUUGCCCAAAGAUAUGACCAAACCAAAAGGGAUUUCACUGUAAAUUAGUUUAUUAGUGAUUGAUGUAGUAUCUUGAAAUACUAUGCUUUGGCUUUUCAAAUAAAGAAACAGAAUUUGAAACCGUAAA